AUGGGGCGUGCCAGGCCGCUCCUCGCGCUGGCGUCUCUCUGCGCCGCCGCCGCCUUGCUACCCCAUGGAGCCGCCGCCGCCGACACAGGCGGCGUGUGCGGCAACGUGAGCUGCGGCAUGGGGACGUGCAGCGAGUCCAGCGACUACGCCUUCGGGUUCGCGUGCCAGUGCAAGCCCGGCUGGAGCCGCUACCACCUCGAUGCCGUACAGUUCCCCUUCCUCCCCUGCGUCAUCCCAAACUGCACCAUCCACUCCUCGUGCCAGGGCGGGUCGUCGUCGUCGUCCCCGGCGCCGGCUCCAUCGCCUCCUUCGGCACCGCCAGCAGGGCUAAUCACCUUCGACCCGUGCCUGAUGCAGUACUGCGGCGACGGCGGCACCUGCGAGAAGGCGUCAGAGUUCACCCACCGCUGCAGCUGCCGCGACGGCUACGCCAACCUCCUCAACGACACCUCCUACCCGUGCUACCAACAGUGUUCGCUGGGCUCGGACUGCAAGGGGCUGGGGAUUGACGUGAGCAACGGGUCCACGCCGAGCUCGUCGCCGCCUGCACCCUUCUCCUUCACCGUCAAGAAGUCCGGCGCCGGAGCUGCUGCCGCGGCGCCUGCUGACACGCUCCUCGGGCUGCUCUUGCUGCUCACCUUCUACGGGCUCCAGUAG